AUGGGCUGCUCCAGCAGCGCCCUCAACAAGGCCGGCGACGGCAACAGGCUCCGCAGCGGUGAGACAGGAGAAAAAGUUGAAACAGAGAUGGAGGAUGAGAAAGUAAGUGAAGGGACUGGAACAAAAGAAGAAGAAACAGGGGAAGCUGUGGACCUUUCAGCAGCCAUGUAGAUGGAUGUGGUAGCAGAAGGAUGAAUAGGCACAGGUGUUGUGAUAGAAAAUGUAGUGAAGUGUGUGACUUCGGAUCUGAUUGUGUCUAUAAAUGUCUAUGUGUUUUAUACAAGGAGUAUGGUUAUCAUGUUCUUGAUUACAUUGUUCCAUAAAACUGCUAAGCUGUAAACAGUUUUCUCAGGCACUUAGAAUAGUUAUACAUUUAGAACUACAGUAGCCACGGCCAGUAAGGACUAGGGUAUAGGAUCACUGAAGAGUGUGAGGGUGUUUUCUUCACUGUGGCAACACGUCCAUUCGGUUCAGAAAAUGACACCCUAAAAAGAAAGUAUAAACCUUAGGUGUAGGUGGCUGGAGAAAGGAUUUAAAUUUUAGGGGGCAUAUGAUAAUCAAGUAACACAGUUAUAAUUACAGCGGGAUAAGAAUGAACAACAUCAGGGCAAACUAUAUCUAGUGGGUUUUUUUUUUUUUUUCUGUUGCAGAAUUUAAAGCUGGUAGGAACCUACUCACCUUAAGUCUGUCUACUACCAUAGACUCUUAUUUAUGUCAAAGGAGUGCAGUCUCUGGUGCUGUUGCAAGAUCAGGCAUUUCCACAUUGAAAGGCUACACGUUUUGCCAGGUGCCAUUUUAAAUCAGUUGUUGAUUUUACACUUAUGUGAAGGGUUUCAUUGGUGUUAUCCUUUUAACUGACAUUAAAGGCGUUUUAAACUUAUUGACUUUUAAAUGUAUUUCAGAGACAACAGACAGCAAGAAUUAAAACCUAGAUUUGCUGCCUAUGUGGAAUUUAUUCCCUGGGUCCUGUUUUGUUUUGUUUUUCAGAUUGCUGUGGCUUAAUGUUAGGCUUUCGAGGUAGAAAGGAGCUAAGAAAUCAAGAUUUAGAAACCAUUUAUAAUAUUGCAUUAAUGUUAAAAUGAUGCAUCAUUGAAAGUUACUUUUCACGAAUUCUUCCUAAGUUGCCAAGGGAUUUUGGUAAAAGAUUAUACAUGAAUAUAGUAAUGACAAUAGCAAUCUUGUCUACCAUUGGGGACCUGUGUUUAUGUAUAUUAGAAUAGAAUUAUAUUCUGGAAACAUUUUGUUUCCUUAUUUGUAAAUGUGUAUAUUUAAGAUAACUGCUCAGAUGAAUUAACUAGACUCUUUUAUUUUUAAUUUUUUUUAAUUUAGUUAACAU